AUGGCGCCGGCCCGGGACUGUGUCCCGCACCACGCCGUGGGUGCGGCUGCCGGACCCGGUUUUGCCCGGCCGGAGACCCCGCUGCCUCGGCCUCCUGGCCACGGUACCCGGGCCACGCGCGCUGGCCGCCAGCCUUCCCACCCAGCCCGCAUCACCCGCGUCCGCCCGGACCCCACGCAGGACCCGCCGCGUCCACCGCCCCCCCGCCCGCCCUGCCUGGCCCUACCUCCCACACACAGCAGCGACAUGGCUGUGGCUCAGCGGCCGCACGGCCGGGACAGCUCUGUGCUCGCCGGAGCUAGGGCGCCGCCUGCCAUCUUGGUCAGCACCGGGGAGCGGACAGCGCCGACGCGGGUGACGGUGACGCGCGGGGCGGAUCCAGGCCCAGUCCCGCCCGCCGUGCCUCCCUACCCCUGCGCCCCCUCUCUGCGCGAAUUCCCCCUUCUAAGCCUGUGCGGGGGCGCUGGGGCCGGGGGCGCUGGGGCCCGGCCGACCCCGCCUCCGUGUCUUCGCCCAGGUAUCCGCUCCUGGGACGUGGAUCCUGGGGUCUGCAGCCUGGACCAGGAGCUCAAGACCUUCGUGUCCCAGCACUCGGCUACCUUCUCCAGCCUCGUCAAAGGCCAGCGGAGUCUGCAUCACCGUGGAGAUGCCCUGGAGACACUGGUCCUUCUGAACCCGUCGGACAAGUCCCUGUGUGAUGAGCUCCGGAACCUUCUGCUGGUGCCUGCCCCUCACAAGCUGCUGGUGCUGGCUGGGCCUUGCUUGGAGGAGACCGGGGAGCUGCUGCUCCAGACGGGAGGCUUCUCAUCGCAUCACUUCCUGCAAGUCCUGGAGGACAGGGAGAUCCGGGACCUCCUGGACCACACUCAGACCCCAGCUGAGCCAUCCACCCUCACGCUGGGCUGCCCGCCCUUUGGGGAUUGGACGCAGCUGGGUGCUGUGGAGCUGGGCUUGCUUGGGCAUCGACUGCGGCUCAACCCCACUGUGCGGCUGCCGGCCUCUGCUGGGCUACGUGAGCUCCUGGAUUACCUAGCUGGGUCCUUGGAGCCUCCAUCCCCCUUUGACCUGCUGGAGCCCCCGUCCUCCGGAGACUUCCUCAAGCUUGACCCGCCCUGUUGCUACAUCUUCCCUGGGGGUCUGGGGGACGCUGCCUUCUUCGCGGUCAGUGACUUCACUGUGUUGGUAAAUGGAGGCUCCAACCCCAAGGCCACCUUCUGGAAGCUGGUGCGCCAUGUGGACAGAGUGGACGCUGUGCUGGUGACACACGCAGGUGCUGACAGCCUCCCAGGCGUCAACAGCCUUUUGCAGCGAAAGGUGGCAGAGCGGCAGGAGGUGGCGGCUGGGGCUUCCUGGGAGGAUGGGUCGAGGCGCCUGGCCUCUCCGGGCUUGGGUGUUGUGUUUCUCCAUGCCCAUGAGCCUAUGUUGCGCCUGCUCGGUGGCCAGGACGAAGCCGAGGUGGCUCGCGGGCUCCUGGCACAGCUGGGCAUCACGCCGCUGCCCCUUCGCCGCAGCCCGCCCGCUGCACCCACUGUGUUGCUGGAGAAGCUGGGUGUGGGGCGCCUGGACCUACACGUGCUGCACCCACCCGCGGCUGCCACCACUCCUGCCUCAGCCUGUGCCCUGCUUGUGUGGCUCCCUGCUGACCCUACUGAGAAAGUGGUUCGUGCACUUUUCCCAGGCCGUACUCCGCCUGCCCGCCUGCUUGAGGGUCUGGGCCGCCUGCAGCACCUGGGCUUCCUGCGGGAGCCUGUGGUGACGCCACAGGACCUGCAGGCACUGCAGCGCACGGGCAGCAGGGACAGUGUGGGCUCCCGGGACAGCGCCAAGCGGGAGGCUGGGGUCACAGCCAAGGCUAGGCCAGGCUCGGAGCGCCCCACAGUGGCACGGAAGGAGGCCCCUCGAAGGACUGUGGAAGGUGAAGCCGGGCCUCCCCGGGAUGUGAAGAAGGACCCCAAGCCCUGCUUGCCUCGGACCCAGCUCCGGGACGGGCGCCGAGCAACCCUCUCUGCCUCUCACAUCAAGAAGGUGGGUGCCCAGAUGGCCCCCAAGGUCUCUGCUGUACAACCAGCGCAGAACGGGCCCCGCAGUGACCCCUUAGCAGGGGCCAUGCCAGGCCCAGGGGUUGGCUCAGAGCUAGGGCUGAGUGUGGGGGCCCAGGAGCUUGGCCUGGAGCUCCAGGGUGCCCUCAGUGUGGCCAGACCCCACUCACCCAUGUCCUCAGAGCAGCCACCAUCUCUAAGCCCGCUGCGGGACCCAUCACCUGCUGCCACCACACCCACUGCCACUACGCCCUCUCUGCCCGCUGAGGUGGGUUCACCGCACUCCACCGAGGUGGAUGAGUCCCUGUCUGUGUCGCUGGAGCAGGGGCUGCCACCGCCGGGCCCUGCGGGUGACCCUGGGCUAAGCCUCCCCCUGCGCGGACCCCGGGCACGGCGCUCGGCCUCCCCGCAUGAUGUGGACCUCUGCCUCGUGUCGCCCUGUGAGUUUGAGCAUUGCAAGGUAGUGUCCACCGUGCCCGCGUCCCCUGGAAGCUCCCAGGACAGCAGUGCAGGAUCCCAGGAGCGAGUGCCCGAGGAGACCCCACCUGCGUCAGUCAGUGAGUCUCUGCCCACGCUGUCGGACUCAGAACCCCUACCCGCUGUGCCUGGGGCUGUGGACUCGGAAGAUGACACGGACGCCUUCGCGGGGCCUCGAGACCCACUGCCAGCACCUCUCAAAGAUCCGCCGCCACUGCUGGACCCUCCAGGUCUCUGCAUGGUGGACCCCGAAGUGCUGCCGCCUUCGUCUGCCAGGCCUGCUGCUAACACUAAUCGCCCACGGAAGCCCUUGGCCCGGUCCAGUUCUGGUCCCAUGGGCCCCAAAGCCACACCCGCAGCUGUGCAGAAAAGCAAGGGCCCGGUAGGGGUGGAUCGGGCCAGCCGGGUGUCCAGUGCCCGCAGCGAGCCCAGUGCCAAGGGAGGCCGGGCACCCCUGUCCAGGAAGGCUUCAGUCCCCGGCACUGCCCCCAAGGCUGUCCCCAAGACCCUCACACGAGGUGCCUCUGGCCCCGUCAGCAGCCGGCCUGCGGCUGCCGCCUACCCUCCAGGGCCCCCGGUCUACCUGGACCUGGCUUACCUGCCUGGGGGCAGCGCGGGCCCACUGGGCCCGGAGUUCUUCCUGCGCGUCCGUGCACUUUGCUACGUCAUCAGUGGCCAGGACCAACACCGAGAGCAGGGGCUGCGGACUGUGCUGGAUGCGCUGUUGGACGCCAAGCGGCAGUGGGACUGUGACCUGCAGGUGACCCUGAUUCCCACCUUCGACUCAGCGGCCAUGCGCAGGUGGUAUGAGGAGACGCACAUGCAGCACCAGGCCUUGGGCAUCCGCGUGCUGGGCAGUGGCAGCAUGGUGUUCACGGAGGACGAGGCCUUCCCAGCCUGCAAGCUGGUUUUCUAGUCCCACCCAAGAAACUAAGCAUGCCCUGCAAUGUGGCUGUGGGUCCACACUGAGCCACAUUUAGUGGCCGCCUGCUGGGCCUAGCCCUGAGGGCAAGCACUGUGGCUCCAGUGACUGGACAGCAAACAAUGACUCGUGCACGCCUGGGGUUGCCCCUGGUGUCAGUUACUUGUUCACUUUUUUGGUGUGAUCAUUUUUUGGCAAUACUGGCAGUUGAGCCCAA